AUGAACCUUUCACUUAAUAAAUCGACGGCUGGUGCGUCAACAACUGGAUAUGCGUUACCAACAUCACCAAGCUUACAAGAUGAAGUAUUUCGACAACGAAUUACGUCUCCUCGAAUGAAUCACGAAAAUUCUACAGGAGAAAAAUCAAAUACAAUAGAUAUUCCACC